AUGGUAACCAUUCGAGCUGACGAAAUUAGUAAUAUUAUUCGUGAACGGAUUGAACAAUAUAAUAGAGAAGUAAAGGUUGUAAAUACCGGUACCGUGCUUCAAGUGGGCGAUGGUAUUGCUCGUAUUCAUGGUCUUGAUGAAGUGAUGGCGGGCGAAUUAGUUGAAUUUGAAGAGGGGACAGUAGGCAUUGCUCUUAAUUUGGAAUCUAAUAAUGUUGGAGUUGUAUUAAUGGGCGAUGGCUUGAUGAUACAAGAGGGAAGCUCCGUAAAAGCAACAGGACGAAUUGCUCAGAUACCGGUGAGUGAGGCCUAUUUGGGACGUGUUAUAAACGCUCUAGCUAAACCUAUCGAUGGUAGAGGUGAAAUUUCAUCUUCUGAAUCUCGAUUAAUUGAAUCUCCUGCCCCGGGUAUUAUUUCGCGGCGUUCCGUAUAUGAACCUUUACAAACAGGGCUUAUUGCCAUUGAUUCUAUGAUUCCUAUAGGACGAGGCCAGCGCGAAUUAAUUAUUGGGGAUAGACAGACCGGUAAAACGGCAGUAGCCACAGAUACUAUCCUCAAUCAACAAGGUCAAAAUGUAAUAUGCGUUUAUGUAGCUAUUGGUCAAAAAGCAUCUUCCGUGGCUCAAGUAGUAACCACUUUCCAGGAAAGGGGGGCCAUGGAAUAUACAAUUAUCGUAGCAGAAACGGCAGAUUCCCCUGCUACAUUACAAUAUCUCGCUCCUUAUACAGGAGCAGCUCUAGCUGAAUUUUUUAUGUACCGUAAACAGCAUACUUUAAUCAUUUAUGAUGAUCUCUCCAAACAAGCUCAAGCUUAUCGCCAAAUGUCUCUUCUAUUACGAAGACCGCCGGGUCGUGAAGCUUACCCAGGGGAUGUUUUUUAUUUGCAUUCUCGACUUUUGGAAAGAGCCGCUAAAUUAAGUUCUAGUUUAGGGGAAGGUAGUAUGACCGCCUUACCAAUCGUUGAAACUCAAUCAGGAGAUGUUUCGGCUUAUAUUCCUACGAAUGUAAUUUCUAUUACGGAUGGCCAAAUUUUCCUAUCGGCCGAUCUAUUCAAUGCUGGAAUCAGGCCCGCUAUUAAUGUGGGUAUCUCCGUUUCCAGAGUUGGGUCUGCGGCUCAAAUUAAAGCCAUGAAACAAGUAGCUGGUAAAUUAAAGUUAGAACUGGCGCAAUUCGCAGAAUUAGAAGCCUUUGCCCAAUUUGCUUCUGAUCUGGAUAAAGCCACUCAGAAUCAAUUGGCAAGAGGUCAACGAUUACGUGAAUUACUUAAGCAAUCCCAAUCAGCUCCUCUUGCAGUGGAAGAGCAGAUAAUGACUAUUUAUACCGGAACAAACGGCUAUCUUGAUUCAUUAGAAAUUGGACAGGUAAGGAAAUUUCUUGUGGAGUUACGUACUUACGUAAAAACUAAGAAACCUCAGUUCCAAGAAAUAAUUUCUUCUACGAAGACAUUUACCGAGGAAGCAGAAUCUCUUUUGAAAGAAGCUAUUCAGGAACAAAUGGACCGUUUUAUCCUUGAGGAACAGGUAUAA